AUGGAGAUACAGAAUGAAGUAGAGCUCUGUUUUCCACAACUCCUCAACAGUUCCUGCAGGAAGCCGACACUUCACUGGUCCAAAGCUGUGCUCCUGAACAUUGUGCUGUCAUGUAUCGCUCUGAUCACUGCUGCUCUCAACCUUCUGGUCAUCAUCUCAGUCUCUUAUUUCAGGCAGCUCCACACACCCACUAACAUCCUCCUCCUCUCUCUGGCUGUCUCAGACUUUCUCGUGGGUCUUGUGUUGAUGCCAUUAGAAAUCUUUAGAAACACAACCUGCUGGUUCCUUGGUGAUCUCAUGUGUUCUGUAUAUAUUUAUCUGAUUGGCAUUCUAACCUGUGCUUCAGUAGGGAACAUAGUUCUCAUAUCAGUUGACCGCUAUGUGGCUAUUUGUGACCCUUUGCAUUACCCCACCAGAAUCACUCUGAAAGCAGCCAGGAAUCUUGGGGUUCUUGUAGUUGUGUUUCUGGCAAGCUACUGUCCGUUUUACUGCUACACUCUUGUUGAAGAAAAUGCGGUCAAUGAUCCAUCUAUAGCUACUGUGAUCAUUGUCUUUUAUUUAAACGCUUGUCUAAACCCGUUGAUCUACACUCUGUUUUACCCCUGGUUUAGAAAUGCUGUUAAACUUAUCAUCACUCUGCAAGCUGGGUGGCUGGGUCUCCUCCCCUGCAGGACGGAGCUGGAGGUUGUUCCCUUGGCAACCAUCACACCUGGUGCUCAUCAGUAA